CUCCAGAGCUUUCCAGCUCCAGUCUCUGACAUGGCACCUGGGAAGCCUGGGAAGAGCACAGGGGCCUCGGAGGACCCCUCAGUUACACUUUUCCGGGAGUACCUGAGGAUUGACACUGUCCACCCCGAACCUGACUACGAUGCAGCCAUCCAGUUUCUGGAGCGUGUUGGGACUGACCUGGGCUUGGCCUGCCAGAAAGUGGAGGUGUGCCAGGGACGUGUGGUGCUGAUCCUGACCUGGCAAGGCACGAACCCCCGCCUGCGCUCCGUCCUCCUCAACUCCCACACUGACGUCGUGCCCGUCUUCGAGGAGCACUGGACCUACCCACCCUUCGAGGCUGUCAAGGACUCGCAAGGCAACAUCUAUGCCCGGGGUACCCAGGACAUGAAGUGUGUCUCCAUCCAGUACCUCGAGGCCAUACGGAGGCUAAAGGCAGAAGGAAAGUGUUUUGCCCGAACCAUCCACCUCACGUUUGUGCCUGAUGAGGAGGUGGGCGGACACAAGGGCAUGGAGAUAUUUGUGCAGCGCCCCGAGUUCAGAGCGCUCAACGUGGGCUUUGCCCUGGAUGAGGGCCUGGCCAGCCCGUCUGACACCUUCAGUGUCUUCUACGGCGAGAAGAGCCCAUGGUGGAUAAAGGUGAAGUGUGUGGGUAGCCCGGGGCAUGGGUCCCGCUUCAUCAGCAACACGGCAGCCGAGAAGAUACACAAAGUCAUCACCUCCUUCCUGGCCUUCAGGGAGAGCGAGAAGCAGAGGCUCAAGUCCGACGCAAGCCUGACCCUAGGGGAUGUCACCUCGCUCAACCUGACCAUGCUGGAGGGUGGCGUCUCCUUCAACGUGGUGCCCUCUGAGAUGGUGGCUGGCUUCGACAUCCGCAUACCACCCACCGUGGACCUGAAGGCCUUUGAGGAGCAGGUGGCCGCGUGGUGCCGUGGUGCCGGGGAUGGUGUCACCUAUGAGUUCCAUCAGAAAUGCAUGGACCAACACAUCACCUCCACCGACGAGUCAGACCCAUGGUGGAAAGCCUUCAGUGGGGUCUGCAGGGACAUGAAGCUGCAGCUCAAACUUGAGAUCUUCCCAGCUGCCACUGACAGCCGCUACAUCCGAGCAGCAGGACACCCUGCUAUUGGCUUCUCACCCAUGAACUGCACCCCGGUGCUGCUUCAUGACCACAAUGAGUUCCUCAAUGAGCAAGUCUUCCUGCGGGGCAUCGAUAUCUAUGCCCGCCUCCUGCCGGCCCUGGCAUCGGUGCCCCCGCUGCCUGCCGAGGGCUGA